GAACUGCACGUGCUGCAAGGGCUGCAUGCCCGUCCACGUCUGCAUCAACAACUGGAGAAAGGUAACUGGUGUCUUGUCGGGCCAGAAGACACACCGAGACAGAUAAGUAUAAACAUCUAGGGUGAACAUACCUUUGGUUUACAGGUGGUUGUGUUUUACACGAGGUUGUAACGAUAGGCCCCAGGUGAGGAUGGCGGGUUGCCGGGCCAAAUCAGCAUCAGUCCUCGUGAUGACCCUCGCCGUAUAUGUCAUCAUCCAGGAACACAUCUGGGCGCAGAUAACGUCAUAUAUAACGUUCUCGGACACGGUGGAAGUAUCUCACCUUGAACACCAACGGCAACCAAUCAGACCAGUUGCCCUGCAAACCGUCAGUUUCGACUCUGUCCUGAGAGACUACACAAAGAAAUUGAAAGAUUUACAAGCUGCGGGACUCUGGAGACAGAAUAUAGCGAAACCGUGUGUAGAAGAGAAACAUCCAGGCAACGCUUGUGUUGAGUCCUCCUGUCCUCGACCCAAGCCUACAACACCCGAGGACAACCUGAGAAGCGUCUUGUCCACAAUGUCGGAUCUCAACCAUCAGCACCUGAGCCUCAUACUGGGGCUGUUCCCAGACCCUCCCUCGGGCAAGAGAGUCAUGUUCGUCACUGCAGCCUCAAGCAACCACUUCCAUGAGUCACAGGGUCUGAUGAAGAAUCUCCAUCAGAACGUCUUCCCCUACAUCAGUAACUACACCUUUGUGUAUUAUGAUCUUGGACUGUGGUCAUGGCAACGCAAACAGCUUGAAAAACAUUGUCGUUGUGAAGUUCGAAAAUUCCCACAGAAGUACAUGCCGUCCAGACUACAGGACCUGAGCUGUUUCACCUGGAAGCCGAUCAUAAUACAGGCAAACCUCCCAAAGACUGAGAUAUUGGUCUGGGUAGACUCGUGCGUGAGGUUCUGGAACAAGACUGCCCCCUACCUGCUAAAUGACGUGGAGAGGCGUGGUAUAAUCACCUUUGGUAGCAAUUACUCCGUAGGCCAACAUACUAUGAAGGAAACGGUGGCGUACAUGAAGGAGGACACCUGCAGUCUGGCCCCCGUCUUCGAGGAUCAGGGAGGGUUCUUGCUAUUCCACAAUGAGCAAUGGAUACGAGAAGCCAUCGUCAAGCCAUGGGUGGCAUGUGCUAUGAGUUCAAACUGCAUGUGCCCUCGACAUUCAAGACACAUGAACAGAUGUAACGUCAACGUCCGAAUGUACAAUAAGUGUCAUCGGUAUGACCAAUCAGCGAUCAAUAUCAUACUACACAAACUGUUUCGUGGCCACAGAAGUAGUUUGUACUCUCCAUUCAACGAGCGUCCAAAUGUGACUCUGGAACGCGGAGGGGGUGACAAUUAUUUUGGUGAACUUGAAAGGUCUUAAAACGUAUGAAAAGUAAUGGGAAGCAAUGGAUGUCAAGGUUAAUAUUUGCAGAAUUGCAUUGUUUAAUUUCAGGUCCAUUGCUUGUAUAGGAACCACUUUUAAUUUCAGAUGUUUUGUUAUUUUAUCAAUAUUGGCUGGUUAAUUUAAUGUACGCAGAGAUUUAUUAUUUUUUCACCGUUAUAUCGUUUUAUGGUCACCGAGUUUUACAGCAUGUGUUUAUUUUAUUGCUUUUUGCUAGAACAUUAACAAUGGAGAAAAAGUGUUCUUGUCCAUGGUUGUUUGACUUGAUGGCGUCUUUUGGUGGCACUGCUGGCUCAGUCGUGGGAGAGUUGCGUCCCCUGGGGGCCCGUGAACAAUAAGAUCGUUGGCUAGAAUCCCAGUCUGCCCGCAUGGUUUGUUUGCACCAUACCGGAGCUUGUGGUGUUUCGCCAAAGUGGUAAAUGUCCAGGAAAUGCUUUACUUAGGCUUUCCUUGCACAUUUAAGGUGACACACCUUGAUAUGUCUAGAGUAUUGUUCAAAACUGCAGUAUACUCACUCAUUAAUACCCCAAUAAAAAUACUCUCGUCCAAAGGCGGUAGAUUUUGUCACA